UUAAUUCACAUAUUUCGAAAUCUGAGUACUUAUUUCGUCUACUGUGCUGAGAAUAGCUAGUUCAAGCUCCUAUUUUAGGUGGAUUCGAUUCUAUUCUCGAGAUUCUGUAUUUUGUUGUGCAUGUUUUCGCCGGAGCUCCGAUUACUCGCCGGGAAAAUGAAACUAGGAUGAUGUUUUCCGAUCACUGCUAACCUUCAGUAGAGUCGCAGGCAAAUCCGUAUAAUGAAGGCUUUGGCGGCUUGUGCCGGAGCUCAAUCGACGACGGAGACCACCAUUCCCGGUGAAGGAGAGAAGAAGAGUAUAAAUCCGGAGCUAUGGCAGGCUUGCGCUGGGCCACUGGUGAAUUUACCGGCAGCUGGGACCCACGUCGUCUACUUUCCUCAAGGCCACAGUGAGCAGGUUGCAGCGUCUAUGAAGAAGGAUGUGGAUGCUCAAAUCCCAAACUAUCCAAAUCUUGCCUCUAAGCUAUUGUGCCUCCUUCACAAUGUCACAUUGCAUGCGGACCCAGAAACUGAUGAAGUCUAUGCUCAGAUGACACUACAACCAGUUCCUGCAUAUGACAAGGAUGCAUUAUUGAGGUCGGAUCUAUCAAUGAAGGCAAAUAAACCACAAACUGAGUUUUUCUGUAAAACAUUAACUGCAAGUGAUACAAGCACUCACGGAGGUUUUUCUGUACCUCGCCGUGCAGCAGAGAAAAUUUUCCCUUCUCUUGAUUUCACAAUGCAACCACCUGCUCAAGAACUUACGGCCAAGGAUUUGCAUGAUAACGUGUGGAUCUUUCGCCAUAUCUAUCGUGGGCAACCGAAGCGUCACUUGCUUACGACUGGGUGGAGCUUGUUUGUUAGUGGAAAGAGGCUUUUUGCGGGUGAUUCGGUCCUAUUUAUUAGGGAUGAAAAGCAGCAGCUUCUUUUGGGUAUUAGACGGGCUAACAGGCAACCCACCAAUUUAUCGUCUUCUGUUUUAUCAAGUGAUAGUAUGCACAUUGGAAUCCUAGCAGCAGCAGCACAUGCAGCUGCAAACAAUAGUCCAUUCACUGUUUUUUACAAUCCAAGGGCUAGUCCAUCAGAGUUUGUUAUUCCGUUAGCCAAAUACUACAAAGCAGUAUGCAGCAACCAAAUAUCCCUUGGAAUGCGCUUUCGGAUGAUGUUUGAAACUGAAGAAUCAGGAACAAGAAGGUAUAUGGGUACAAUAACAGGUAUAAGUGACUUGGAUCCUGUAAGAUGGAAGAACUCACAAUGGCGUAAUUUGCAGGUUGGUUGGGACGAGUCGACUGCUGGUGAAAGACGUAACCGGGUCUCAAUUUGGGAAAUUGAACCCGUGACGGCCCCAUUUUUCAUCUGUCCUACUCCCUCAUUCUUCAGAUCGAAGCGUCUAAGGCAACCUGGAAUGCGAGAUGAUGAAGCUUCUGAUCUGGAUAACCUAUUCAAGAGGACAAUGCCCUGGCUUGGUGAUGAUUUCUGCAUGAAGGAUCCCCAAGCUCUUCCUGGCCUAAGCUUAGUCCAGUGGAUGAACAUGCAGCAAAAUCCUGCCUUGGGUAACUCGAUGCAGCCAAGCUACUUGCAUUCCUUAUCCGGGUCCGUUUUGCAAAACCUUGCUGGAGCAGAUCUAUCACGUCAAUUGGGCUUGUCAGUACCACAAAUUUCUCAACAGAACAACAUACAGUUCAAUGCUCAGAGACCACCUCAGCAAGUGCAACAGCUUGAUCAGAUCCAAAAGCUACCAGCUGCCACACUGAACCCACUAGGCUCAAUUAUACUGCAGCAACAACAACAGUUGAGUGAUAUUACUCAGCAACCAAGACAAAAUUUAGUCAAUCAAACUUUACCCACUAGCCAAGUUCAGGUCCAACUUCUGCAGUCAGACAGUCCUGUCCAAACACUGAAUAUGCUUCAGCGGCAGCAGUCUAUUCAGAACCACCAGCUUCAAAGAAACCUUCCCCAAAACCUGCCGCAACAGCAGCAACAGCAACAGCAACAACAACAGCAACAGCAACUGCAACAGCAGAUUAUGGGUCAGACUCAACAGCAAAACACUAUGCCACUGCAUCCACCUGAUCAAACAACCCAAGAGUUGCAGAUGCCUGAGAAUCAAAUUCAGCUUCAACUUUUACAGAAGCUUCAUCAGCAACAGCAGUCACUUCUAGCCCAACAAUCUUCACUGCAACAGCCUUCUCAACUGAAACAACUCCAAGAUCAGCAGAAACAGCUAUUAGAUAUCUCUCAGAGCUUUUCUAGGUCCGCGACCAGCACCCAAGUGCUAGAAAUGCCUCAGACAAUGGCCACCUCACUUCCUCAGUCACAGAUUCAACUGCAGCAACUGACGAGAACUAGUAGCCAAACAAAUGUUCAGUUCUCCCAUACUGCUCAGCAACCGAGGCAGCAGCAGCAACCUGGUAUGUUGCCAGAAUUGCCUGGGACUAUGGGACACACCCCAACAACCAAUCAGCUUUCCACAGCUGGCAGCAGUUUGGUGACUGUAGCUGCAGGUGGAGGCCAAUCGGUCAUCACUGAUGAUGUUCCAUCUUCUUCCACUUCACCUUCCACAAACAACUGUCCAAAUGGAGUUCCACCAAUCACGAACAGUAGGGCCCAUCAGAGCACAACCGUGGGGGAUGAGAUGACUCAUUCAUCUGCCACUCUACUAUGCUCCAGUGGUUUGGACACCAUGCCUGGUCAUCUUAACAUGGUUAAAGAUUACCAGCAAAAACCUGAUGUGAAGCCUCCAUUGAACAUCUUCAAGAAUCAGAACCAAGGAUUCUUUACCCCACAAACGUACCUAAAUGCUGCUGGACUCCAGAUGGAUUACUUAGACAGUUCAUCUUCAGCAACUUCCGUUUGCCUUUCUCAAAAUGAUGCUCACUUACAGCGGACCACAAGUCCUAUGGCUUUCAAUCCACAACCAAUGUUGUUUAGAGACACUAGUCAAUAUGGGGAAGUUCAGAAUGACCCCAGGAACAAUGUUCCAUUUGAUGCUAAUGUUGAUAGUCAGUUGGAAAUGCCCAUGAUGCCUGAUCCUUUGAUCACAAAGGACGUGGUGGGGUCAGGGAAAGAUUUCUCUAACAAUCUUUCCGCAGGUGGCGGCAUGCUUUCCAGCUACGAAAACCCCAAGGAAGCUCAACCUGAACUUUCAUCAUCAAUGGUUUCCCAGUCAUUUGGAGUUCCAGAUAUGGCAUUCAAUUCAAUUGAUUCCACAAUAAAUGAUAACAGCUUCAGAGGUGCCUGGGCCUCACCACCACAGUUACCACGAAUGCGGACGUACACAAAGGUAUACAAGCGUGGAGCUGUUGGAAGAUCAAUUGACAUUACUCGUUAUUCUGGUUAUGAGGAGCUUAAGCAAGAUUUGGCUCGUAGGUUUGGUAUAGAGGGACAGCUGGAGGACCGGCAGAGGAUUGGCUGGAAACUUGUGUAUGUGGAUCAUGAGAAUGACGUCCUACUGGUUGGGGAUGACCCUUGGGAGGAGUUUGUGAACUGCGUCCGUUGCAUCAAGAUCCUUUCUCCUCAAGAAGUUCAGCAGAUGAGCUUGGAUGGAGAUUUUGGGAACAGCAUACUUCCCAAUCAAGCUUGCAGCAGCUCGGAUGGUGGAAAUGUAUAAAUUAGACGACUAGGGUUCUAGCGAUUCUUCUUCCAUAUUUAGGAUCUUUCAAAAUGAUUACUAGGGAUCUGUUUGUUUCUCUCAAUAUAGCAUAUAUUUUCCACUACUGGGUUUUCCUGUCUCGCCUAAUGGUACACAACGGGCAAGCAAUUAUGGCCAGCAGAUCCUCUGGCAGCUGGAACAUGUUUUUUGAAUAUCAGGACCUGCUAAGGUGAGAAGUUUGUAAAGUUGCUAAGGUGAGAAGUUGAUAAAAAGAAAAGUAUUAGAUUGUUAUGAAAGUGCAGAUGGAGAACAAGGCUUGGUCCAAUUAUGAAGGAGAGCUAUAUACCAGUUUAGAUAAGAAACCAGCUGGGCAUGGAUAUUAUAUCUUUCGGUAUGAUAAUGCUUUUUGCGAGAUCAAACUUAAGUUCCUUUUAGCCUUUUUUUUUUUCUAUAUUGAAAAUCUUCUCAGGCAGGUACAUUGUAGCAAGUAGAAGCUUUAAAUUUGUAUGAAUUUAUAUGGUGUAUUUUUUUUCCCAGUGUAUAGAAGUUUAGAUUUCUACAUUAACCCUCCAACAAAAUAGCUUAUAAUGAAUUGAGG